AUGAGCGCAACAAUGUCCGACUUCGAGGACCCCAAGGAGGAGACCGGCGCCGAUCAGGCCCCGUCCGUCACGGACUCGGCCCCGGCGAACCCUCGCAAGAGGAAGAAGAGCUCUAGAGCCUGCGACUUCUGCCAUGUAAACCACCAGCCUUGCGAUAACGCAAAGCCCCGCUGCAGCUAUUGCGAGAGACACAACAAGAACUGUCUCUAUCUGCGGCCCCAGAAGAAGCGCGGCCCCGCCCAGGGCUACCGCAGUGCCCUGCACACCCUGCGGGAGAGUGCCGCCGCAUGGGGUGCCGCCCUCAACCUGAUCCCCAGCCUGGGUCCUGUUGUCGAAGGCUAUCUGAAGCAGCCGGAGGGCAAGCGGCUCAUCAAGGCUAUCAGGGACCCCACCCAGCAGGAGUUCUUCAUCCAGGCCUGGCAGCAAAGCGGCGUCUUCAAGACCUUCUUCGGCGACGAGCUAUCUCCAGACCAGCCCAGCGCCACGGAGAAUGGAGAUCCUGCGCCUACCCUACAGCAACUGGACGCCGCUCUGCUGCCACAGGGACAGGCGCAGGCUCAGGCGACACCGACAGAUAACGCAUUCCCUCGCUUUGACACUUCCCUGGGAUCCGUACCAACCCCGUCUCCUUCUCACGCCUCUGUCGACGGCGGCAAGGCGAGGCAGCCGAGCUUCAACACUCGCUUCAGACCGAGGCAGCAGUCCAUCUCUUUGUCUGACAUUGUCGCAAAGGAUGCUGCUCGACCAUCACAGGGCUUCUCACAGACGCUGGUGCCGCUAGGCUUUGCGCCGAACGAGAGCAUGGAAGACUUCCUCGCCAUGAGCUUUGACCCGGAGCCGCUGGAACAGCCUGCUGAGGCCGAUCCCAACCUGGGUAGUGAAAUGGACCAGAAGGCGUACUAUGAGUUGCUCAUGGGAAAGAAGUUUGCCUGA